AGUACCCUAAAUAGUUGGAGGGAUAUGUUCAAAGUAUUUUGUACAGAAAAGUUAAUAUGAAAUUCCUAGUACUUGUUUUCAUUUUAUUGAUACAAGAUGGUAAAAGUCAUGAUGAUGAGAUUGUUAUCGAUUUCUUUACCAACAGUCAGGUAAAAAGUGUUAUUGGGUUUCGCUGUGUCAACAAAGAAGAUGAUAUUCAAUUCAUCAGAAAAUUAAGCUAUUUUGGAAUAACAGGGAGAGUAAUUCCAUCAAACGCAACCAUGGACUUUCCAUAUGCUACUAACACUUACACAAAAAUUGGAAUAUAUUUAGAUUUAACAUGUCGAUCGACAAACGAUAUUGAAUUCUUUUUUGCAGAGGCAUCAAGGUUGAAACUAUAUAAAGAUUUAAUUUGCUGGCUUAUUUUUACAAGGAAUUUUAAACAAUCUUUAAAGUUGGUAAAUGAUACCUCGUUUAGUAUAGCAACAGAAUUCACGAUUAUAUUUUUAAAAGAGGAUAAAAUUUACUUUUAUGACAUCUAUAAUCAUUGCAAAUAUCGCGGUGGUUCUUUAAAUGUAACUUAUGCUGGUACAUGGAGUAAAACUUCUGGAUUAAAUAUUACUUUAUCAAAAAGCAAAAUAAGUAGAAGAUGGAAUUUUCAUCAAAUGAAGCUGAAAUUAUCAGGAAUCAUUAAGCAUAUGCCUAAACUUAUGAGCCUAACUGACUACUUGCAAGAUUAUACAACUAAGUCAAUGGACAGUAAGGAAAAAUUUGCAUACGCCUUGUGGUUACAUGUAUCUGAAUUAUUUAAUUUUACAAUUGAAUUAGAAGAAAUUACUGACUGGAAAAUUGAUGAUACUAGUGGCCCAAUAUUAAAAGGACUCUUAAAUAGACAAUUUGACUUCUCUGGAACACCUGAUGCUCUGACUACAAGAACAUUAAAUUUUGCUUCACCUCCUACAACACCUUGGCCUUAUAGGUCUUGCUUUAUUUUUCGGAACCCUGAAACGCAUGAUAUUAAAAUAAACCAAUUUUUUCGUCCAUUCUCACUGGAUUGUUGGUUUUUCUCAUUACUUUUAAUUAUUCUUUGUACAGUUGCAAUUGGUAUAUUUCUAAGUAGAGAGGAUGACGAUAAUACUGCAGAACAUUAUUCAAUUGCGAUUCUUGUAACUCUUGGAGCUGUAUGUCAACAAGGAUCAGCUGUUUGUCCAGAGAAUUUAAAUGGCAGAAUAGGUUUUCUUGUAAUGAUGCUAUUCAGCUUAUUAAUUUUUAAUUACUAUUCAGCUAGUAUAGUAUCUGUACGGUUGAAUGAACAAAUACAAAGAAUGAACGAUUCUCUAUAUUCGCUAGCUAAAAGUGAUUUAACUGUUGCCGCAGAGCAACUGAUGUAUUUUAAUUCAUUUAUCCAUAAAAAAGAGUGGGAAAACCAAAUGUUUCACAAAAUGAAAUGGUUGAAUACACCAGAAAAUGAAAAAUAUUUAUAUCCUGAUGAAGGAAUCAAAAAAGUUUUACAAGGAAAUUUGGCAUAUCAUACUGAUACAGAAAAUGGAUAUCCGCGAAUCGAAAAAUUAUUUGACAAUAAAGAAAUUUGUGACUUAACAGAAGUACAUCUAAUGCCACCUGAAGAUUUUUCCUUUUUUGUUAGAAAGGACAGUCCAUUUUAUGAAAUUGCCAAAAUUGGUAUGGCAAAACUUUAUGAUAUGGGCAUACGUCGGCGUCAAAUUAAAAGAUGGUCUGCUAGAAAACCUCUUUGUCGAACAGAAAUUUUAGGCCUUAAGAGUAUUACUGUAUAUGAGACCGGUGCAGUUAUAAUUAUGAUGUUGAUGGGCAUUAUGAUAGGGCUUGUGAUUUAUGUGAUGGAAAAUGUAGUAUUUUAUUUUAAAUACUUAUUAACAAAAUUACUGUUUGUUAGAAUUAAGAUCACACAAAAGUGUAAAAAAUUAUUUUGUUUUAUAAAAACAUCGAAAAAAAUGUCAUAAAAUAAGAUUACCUACUUUAAAAGUUAUUAUUGUCAA